UUCCCAGUCCACCCAUUUUCUUUUUCCAGCAAAUUUCUUGCUUUUGUGAUAAAAUAAAACUCAGUCUCGCUUUCAUCGGAGAAGAGAAGCGCAAAGCUGCAGAAAAUGGGUUUCGCGAUGCAAUGCUCAAGCUAUUGCUCUUGUAUUUCUAUUUCUGCCCCUCAUCGGUUCCCCCAGGCCCCUCUAUCUUUUCACGCUGCGCGAAAGAAUCAGAGGAUAACGGUUCUUUGUGGGUCGGACCGGCGAAGUUCCAACCUAGGUUCUGAUAGGAAAAGAAAAAUCGUGGAACACGUUUGUCUUCUCAAAGCAAAGCAGGAUUUAUCAGAAGAGGAAGAGAACGACAUGCUCGAUUACUUGUACACUACGCAGUACCAGAUGGGUGGUGUUAUUGCAAUUUCAUUAGGGCGCGUUUCUGCCCCAAAUCCAGAGCGUUACACGCAUGCGCUGUUUAUGCGGUUUCAGAAGAAGCAAAAUCUUGAAAAGUUUUAUGAGAAUCCCUUUUACUUGAAGGUUCUCAAGGACCAUGUACUGACUUACUGCCAUGGAUUGGUCAAUGUGGAUUUUGAAUCGGAAGUGGAUGAUGAGAUGCUUUCUAUAUUUCGCAAAGGAGAGGAGUUCAACCAUGGAGUGGAGUUUCUGCUUCUGAUAUCAUUUAAUGAGUCUGCACUGAGAAACCAGGCAGAGGAUGCAUUGGCCUCUCUGGCAUUGAUGAUGUCGGAAUCUCCUUCCUUGGUAGUCCAAUUCACUCAAGGUUUGAAUUUUAGUCCAAGCUCUAAGGAGUAUACUCAUGGAAUUGUCAUACGAUUUCGAUCAGUUGAGGCAUUUGAGAUAUUUAUAAACAGCAAAGAGUACAAAAAUGUAUGGCAUUCUAAGUUCCAGCCUAUUGCUCACAAAUCUUUGUCUCUUCAUUUUUCUGUUGAUCCUGUGGGAACUGAAAUUAUGUAGUGAGGAUGUUUAUGGUUGUCAAUAAGAGACGCGACUCGGUUUCCUCUUUUUAGAAACAAGGAAGAAGUUCAACCACAACGGUCAAAGACAACAGUAAUGAACCUCCCUGUGAGGAGAGGACUUGGAUGGGUGAUCUUGAGAUAAGAGUCUUUGCAGGAGAUGCUUUAUUUUUUGCCUGCAACCGCACUAAAAGAUGUCCUUUUUAUCAAUUUAUAACUAUAUGGUACUUCUCGAUUUCAAUUUUUUUCAUUAUUGUUGACAAGGUUUGGUUUUCAACCGAGCUAAUAAUAUUGUGUAAUCCGUGUAGUCAA